UCCGCUCGCGCGUCAUGCUCUCCUCGCGUAUCUGAUGCAGAACAGAGCGUAGUCAUUUAUUCAAGCACGAGAGGGAAAAACAGUUCAGUUUCAGCAUCAUUCAGAAGAGCGCAUCGUCCUGGCAAUGUCUGGAUCGAUUUGGGAGGCAUUAAACUAUGUGUCAAACCCACAACUAAGACAUCACUAAAUCAGAGCUCCCAUUGUCGUCUCCUUCAACUAUAAUCAGUUUCAUGGAAUCCCGACCUGAUUUCCUUCAUCCCCCUGGAAAUAAUGAGCCCAAGGCAUGCUGGGAGUCCAAGCCCUCAAGCCAGCACAGAAAGGGAAACCUCUCUCCUGGAACCAGGACAAGACUUGGAGAGAAUCAUGGCAUUGAAGUAAAAGCUAAAGAACAGGAGGAGCGAUCCACCUCCAGGGAAUCCGCCGGCCAUAUGAAAACACUAAAAAACACUGCAUUAGCCACCGCUGCCAUUCCAGCCGUAGAACCCCUCCCUGCGUCCACAGCUGCAUCGAAAAUACCCACCAUGCACUCAACGACAACCAAGCAGGUCACUGCGGGAAUAGCUAACACAAUUGCUACGACUAAAACAGGAUCAAAACCACCAAGCAAAACAACUGCACCUGGAGUGGAGGUCUUAAGUUUAUCCAGCCAAACUGGACCCAGUGGGCCAAAACUGAGAUCCCCAAAUGCGAGCCAUGAGAAAAAGCUGCAAGCGAGUGCGAAAACUUUUCUCAAAAACAUGCAAAAAACUGCCUCAGCAUCUCAUAUCGUUGGCUCCACAGACUCCCCACAAAAGACGCUUCAAAAAACAUCGUCUGCUUCCCAGAUUUCCUCUACCGACUCUUCCAAGAGUCUCAGCCGGACUUCUCUCUCGCACAUUCCUAGAGCCACUUCCAGCCCCAAACUUAAACCGCCCCAUCCUGCAUCUCUCAAAGUGGACAAAACUGAGCGGAAUAGAAGAGUUACAGGCAAAGAAGGACUGCUGUUGACUUCUCCGAAAGAUAAAAUGAUUGACACAUUGGUGGAGAGCAAACUGCAACUGGGUACGGAAGCAGCAAUGGAGGAGAGUCCUCGGGGACGAGAGGAGCCGGAGAUAAAGAAUGGGAAUGAGAGAGAAGGAGUGGAAAGAGAGGAUGCUGUCCUUCAGGGACACGGUCUUAGAGGAAGUGAUGUCAUCACGAUUAACUCCAAAGGGGGUGAAGAAACGUCUUCUCCGUCGUCACAUCGAGCAGGAAACCCCUCUAUCAAACAGCUGAGAGAGCAAGAAGACAAGACUGACGCAUAUGUAACGACCCAAGAGAGACACGCAGGAAAGAGUCAGAGACUGUGGGAAAAGAUGGGAAGGGAGGAAGCAGAGAGUGAGGAGAGAAGGAACACAGGAGAGGGAAAGAGGGAAGCUGAGAUUCAGAAUGAUAAAAUGGCGACUGAGGUCAGGAAGGAUGCUAUGAUGAACGAAAACAAUAACAUUCCGACACCCAAGAACUUGAAGGAUGCAGUGACAAUGACAGUUGAAGGUUUCCCAGUCACUAAAAUGAAGGAUGCAGCACUGCAGGCGGAUCUGCAACCGGUGUACGCUGACGUCGAGGUCCAGGCGGAUGUGGAGGUCUGCAGCAGAUCCACAGACAUGAGUCCAGUCCACGAUUCUCAACCCCACCAGUUGAACCCUGAGAUUGACCUCAAUCCUAAAGUUGGCCUGCACAAUGAGCUCAACCCCGACAGUAACUCGGACUCCGAUUGGUUGCCAACUGUAGCCUUACCGGACCCCAAACCAACAGGACCCAAGCCUAGAUUUCUAGGUCCACCCCCUUACAAGUCCUCCAAUAGCCAAAAAUCUCUUCAACACAUCUGUCAAAUAGAGAUUGAGCUUCGUAGCCAGUCCCUGCAACCUCUUGGUUCGGUUCCUCCUCAAGUAACCAUCAGUGAAUUUGACGCAACUUGUCAAGUGUCGCCCAGGGUGGCGGAGGACUCCUUGAAGCUGCUCAACUCUGGGAGAACAGCAGGGGUGGAAGGAGAAAAGGAGGAGAGCGGUACACCUCAGGAGAUCGUCUGGGAUGAGCAGGGAAUGACCUGGGAAGUCUAUGGAGCGUCGCUGGACAUGGAGUCCCUGGGAUUUGCCAUCCAGAACCACGUGCAGUGCAAGAUCCGUGAACACGAGUGGCGUAUCGGCACGCUCCGGAAGUCCAUAUGCCUCGCCGAACAAUCGCCCAGAAAGGACAGGACAGGAAAGAGGAAGAGGAGCAUCUUCAGAUCGCUGUUUGCUGGAUCAAAGUGCUGCUCGAAACCACGACCCAAAGAGGAAGCGGAAAAGUGACUCAUUGUUAUGUAAAUGUGUUUUGUAGAUAGUGCUACACUGGAGAAUGUAUAGCAGACCUAAAAAUGUCAAAAAAAAUAUGUAGCCUACUGUUGCUUCAUUUACGGU